GUGGAAUCCCGGUGUAAUGCGCCUCCUUUUUGAAAAGUCGGACAAACGGACCUUCGGACCAAUGGGUUCCGUUUUCGGAACAUUGAACCGUCGGCAUAGUGGCAUGUCGAUCUAAUGGGAAAUAUUUCGGACCAUUGAGACGUCGGAACAAUGAGGCGUCGGAAUUACGGCAUGGCACCAUCUGUGUCUGUGUGCGCGCGCACCUUCUUUUACCCGGAAAACAUGUGACACUCACUGAGAGGCGCGGCUCCUUGAACUUCCUCGUCUAACUAUUCGGCGUAGCGAGCAGCCUUUCUUCCUCCGCUUUUAAAACCUUUCACCUGAUUAACUUGUUUUAUGAAAACUUUAACCUCUGUUUCUUCCCUUACAUUCAUACUUUUACAACUUUAUUCCGUAUGGACGCAUUUUAAUCCCGGAGUAGAUAAAGUCUCCAGUCUUCUAUGGAUGAGGAGAGAGAGGAUGGGGGUUCUACCUCUAAAACCACUCUGUCUGGGGAACAUGGCCGCCGGAGCAAAGCUACGAGCCCAGAGCAGCAGGAGAGAGCAGACUCCCCUGGACCCACUUGUGUCUUCAUGAAGAGUGACCGCUCUAUGGGGGAGCUUCGAGGGAUCCGUUCUGAAUUUGUGAAGGGAGUUUCAGACCCAGUUAUCAAAGGUCUCCUGGAUGACCUUUAUCAUCAUGAAGUGUUCAGUUCUGAGGAAAAGGACUCUGUGAUGGAGGAGCAGAGGAGCAGAGCGGACCAAGCACGUUGUCUGAUCGACAUGGUGAUCGGUAAAGGGGAGAGAGCAAGUCAGAUGAUGAUCGAUGGUAUCAAGGAGAGGGACAAACACUUAUGCAUCAACCUGGGUCUGAUCUCUUCUCUUGCUGGUGUGGGAUCUGCUGCUGAGGAGUGCCGACGUAAAAUCAAGUCUCAUUUGAAGGACAAGUUAUGGUGUGUGUUUGAGGGAGUCGCUAAAGCAGGACAUUCAACACCUCUGAAUGAGAUCUACACAGAGCUCUACAUCACAGAGAGAGGCAGUGGAGAGGUCAACAAGGAACAUGAGGUCAGACUGAUUGAAACAGCUUCCAGGAAACCAGUCAAGGAGGAAACAUCAAUAAAAUGUGGAGACAUCUUCAAACCCUUACCUGAAAAAUGUAAACCAAUCAGGAAAAUAAUGACAACUGGAGUGGCUGGCAUUGGUAAAACCAUCUUAACACACAAGUUCACUCUGGACUGGGCUGAAGGCAAAACCAACCAGGACAUACACUUCACAUUUCUCUUCACUUUCAGAGAGCUGAAUUUACUAAAAGGGACAGAGUUUAGCUUGGUGGAACUUCUUCAUCAUUUCUUUAUUCAGACCAAAGAAGCAGGAAUCUACAGAUAUGACCCGUUCCAAAUUGUCUUCAUCUUGGAUGGUCUGGACGAGUGUCGACUUCCUCUGAACUUCCAGAACAACCAAAUCUGGACUGAUGUCACAAAGUCCACCUCGGUGGACGUGCUGCUGACAAACCUCAUCAGGGGCAACCUGCUUCCCUCUGCUCGCAUCUGGAUAACCACACGCCCUGCGGCAGCCAAUCGGAUCCCUGCUGAGUGUGUUGACAGGGUGACAGAGGUGAGGGGGUUCACCGACUCACAGAAGGAGGAGUACUUCAGGAAGAGAUUCAGAGAGGAGACACUGGCCAACACAAUCAUCGCCCACAUCAAGAAAUCACGAAGCCUCCACAUCAUGUGUCACAUCCCAGUCUUCUGUUGGAUCACUGUUAAAGUUCUGAACGACUUCUUCAAAUCAUCCCAGCUAGGAGAAGAGAUGCCCAAGACCAUGACUCAGAUGUACAGCCACUUCCUGAGGUUUCAGUCCAUGCAGGGGGGCAGGAAGUAUCAUGGGAGAGCUGAAACAGAUCAACACUGGAGUCCAGAGAGCAGGAAGAUUAUUGUUUCUCUGGGAAAACUGGCUUUUAAGCAACUUGAGAACGGCAACCUGAUCUUCUACGAGGAAGACCUUGCAAAGUGUGACAUCAAAAUCAAAGAAGCCUCAGAGUACUCAGGAGUGUUCACCCAGAUCUUUAAAGAGGAGUGUGGGCUGUACCAGGAUAAUGUGUUCUGCUUUGUCCACCUGAGCAUCCAGGAGUUUCUGGCUGCCCUUUAUGUCUUUAUGUCAUUCAUCGACACUGGGAUCAAUCUGCUCUCAGGACAACCACAAUUCCACUGGUCUAUUUUUCCUAGAAACAAAGGAAAUGUCAAACUCUACCAGAGUGCUGUGAACAAGGCCUUAAAAAGUGAGGACGGACGCCUGGACUUGUUCCUCCGCUUCCUCCUGGGCCUCUCUCUAGAGACCAAUCAGAACGUCCUAAAAUGUCUGCUGGGAAAGACAGUAAGUAGCUCAGAGACCAGUAAGAAAAUGGGCUGUUACAUUAAGAAGAAGAUAGGUGGAGAUCUCUCUACAGAGAAAAAAAUCAAUCUAUUCCACUGUCUGAAUGAGCUAAACGACCGUUCUCUAGUGGAGGAGAUCCAACAGUACCUCAAAUCAGGAAGACUCUCCAAAGAAUAUCUCUCUCCUGCUCAGUGGUCAGCUCUGGUCUUCAUCUUAUUGUCAUCAGAAGAGGAGCUGGACAUGUUUGACCUGAAUAAAUACUCUGCUUCAGAGGAGGGUCUUCUGAGGCUGCUGCCAGUGGUGAAAGCCUCAAAAACAUCUCUGCUGAAUGGCUGCAGUUUGUCAGAGAGAUGCUGUGAAGCUCUGGCCUCAGUUCUCAGCUCCACCUCCUCUAGUCUGAGAGAGCUGGACCUGAGUACCAAUGAUCUGGAGGAUUCAGGAGUGAAGCUGCUCUCUGCUGGACUGAGGAGUCCACACUGUACACUGGAAACUCUCAGCCUCAAUGGCUGUCAUCUGUCAGAGAGGUGCUGUGAAGCUCUGGCCUCAGUUCUCAGCUCCAGGUCCUGUAGUCUGAAAAAGUUGGAACUGAGUACCAAUGAUCUGCAGGAUUCAGGAGUGAAGCUGCUCUCUGCUGGACUGGGGAGUCCACACUGUACACUGGAAACUCUCAGGCUCAAAGGCUGUCGUCUGUCAGAGAGAUGCUGUGAAGCUCUGGCCUCAGUUCUCAGCUCCAACUCCUCUAGUCUGAGAGAGCUGGAUCUGAGUACCAAUGAUCUGCAGGAUUCAGGAGUGAAGCUGCUCUCUGCUGGACUGGGGAGUCCACACUGUACACUGGAAACUCUCAGGCUCAAUGGUUGUCAUCUGUCAGAGAGAUGCUGUGAAGCUCUGGCCUCAGUUCUCAGCUCCAACUCCUCUAGUCUGAAAGAGCUGGACCUGAGUACCAAUGAUCUGCAGGAUUCAGGAGUGAAGCUGCUCUCUGCUGGACUGAGGAGUCCACACUGUACACUGGUAACUCUCAGGCUGAAUCGCUGUCAUCUGUCAGAGAGAUGCUGUGAAGCUUUGGCCUCAGUUCUCAGCUCCAACUCCUCUAGUCUGAGAGAGCUGGACCUGAGUACCAAUGAUCUGCAGGAUCAACACAUGAAGCUGCUCUCUGCUGGACUGGGGAGUCCACACUGUACACUGGAAACUCUCAGCUUGUCUGGCUGCCUGGUCACACAGGAAGGCUGUGCUUCUCUGGCCUCAGCUCUGAGCUCCAACCCCUCCCAUCUGAGAGAGCUGGACCUGAGCUACAAUCACCCAGGAGACUCUGGAGCUGCGCUACUCUCUGCUGGACUGGAGGAUCCACGCUGGAGACUGGACACUCUCAGGUAUGGAGAGGACAGCUCACCGCUCAGGGACAAAGUCUCCUACAAGGAUUCAAGCUGCUGCUAGAUGAAGUGGUUUGAAGAGGCAGCUGUCACUCAUGUUGUGUAGAACGUGAUGAGACGGCAGAUGAUGAAGGUGAAUGUUUCAACAUGCUGCUCUCACUUUGUUUCCCCCCCAGUGUG